AUGGAGACUUCGCGGUUUCCCAUCGACCGACUUUGCGGGAAGCGCAACAGUGAAGAAGGAGAAGAGGUUUUCUCAAAGAGACAGCGCAGAGUGCGAAGCCAUCUCAAGAGCUUGGACGGCCGUGAACACGUCCCACAUAUCCGCGGAGGAAUGUCCCGGCCCAGACCACCGCCACUCGGGCCUGCGCCGAACAGAGCCACUCAAAAUCCGAUCAUCAUCUCGGACAGCGAUGGCGAUGGAGAUGAGGCCUUGCCUUCGCAUCAAAAUCGUAUCUUGGACAGUGAUGAAGAUGACGAGAAUGGAGGCCGGCGCAGCAACCAAAAUCAGCCAUCUCAAAGCAGUUCAAUUCCACCCAUUCAGAGUACAAACACAUUGCAGACUGGCACCGCUCCAAGCAACCAGUCUACAGGCAUUCAGACUCCUUUUGGGAACAAGGGAUCGGCUGGGAGUCAGACAACGCCAACCAGUUCUAAUCAACCCACGCAACAGGCAACUGGUACUCCGCAGAGGCAGGUACGGGGGGCGCAACAGCAGCCCACACCACCAACCACGGGCCCCUCUACCCAGAAGGGGAGAGCUGGUAGAGGCACGAGCAACUUGAGUGGCCUCGAAUCGACGACAACGACAAACACAGGGCCCACUACGCAGACAAUCUCGACAUCAGAUGAGGCUGAGAUCAUCAGAUUAUUUGGCAGGCUUCAAGAAAUGGUAGCUACGUGGGUGGAGGAAUGUCUACCCGAUACGUUUCCGCCAGACUUCCAGAUCCAGAGGUCCGAGACAUACUGGGAGCUUUGUGGGUGGUGCGAGCCUCUGACGCUUGGGAAUAGAAUGCUCUCAAAUGCAUCAUAUGCCAAAUACGUCUACGAAGCAUGGGUCUGGAGAUAUCUCUAUCAAGAGAUAUUCAAAUUCGACUCUUUGACGUGGGCAGGUAACGAUGUCCGCGUGGAUAGAGGUGGAGCCGGUGGCCGUGCAGCAAGGAUUACCAGGAACUUUGUGGCCAGACUUUUCGACCCGACACUCCCACAGUUGACACCUGACCUGUACUCAAGCGGCAUAGAUAAGCGGAGGAUGAUGACAGACAUCAUACGUAACUCAUAUGUCACUCAGGAAAGAUACCAGAAAAUCACGGGAUGGCUAAUCACUGAAAUGCUUGUCGCCUUCUACCCGUACUUCUCGGACGCAUAUUUGCCCAUUGAUCAGCCUCAAAAUAUUGAGGUACUCAUCAGAGACACAAAGUCCCUCAUACUGAAGGCCCGAGAACUUGACAUACUGAUGAGGAGGGCCGACCAUGUGUAUGAUUUAUUUCUUGGGACGGAGGGCCAUGUUUGCCAGAUCCGGGGCGUACCUUCAUCUUCUAUGCAGCGCUACGAGGUGAUGGGAAACAGUUCGGGAAGCCCAACUUAUUUAGAUGAUGACUCGGUUGUCGGGUUGAUUGUCGUGCCGGGUUUGAGUAAAUUUACUAUUGCGUCAAAUAACGUCGUGAACAAAGCUGUGGUACGGCAUGCAAGGGUCUUUGAAAGGAACGACUUGGUAGCAGCAGCGCUUCAGGAAAUUACCUCGUGA